CGGCCCCCUCUCCGACGCUUAGCCGCUCGGGGUCUGCCGCCAGCCUCUCUCCGCCAAGCGGGGGCGGGAACAGGGCGGCACCUACCGGGAUCUGCGACGCUGCGAUUCGAGCCCCCGAAGAGCCACCGAAGACCACAAGCUAGCCCGGACGGUGUCCUGGGGCCACCGGCGCGGAGAGUCCGAGCGGAGCAAAGGAGAAAAGAGGCGCCCCACCGACUCGGCAGCGCCUCCCAGGUCAGGGUGCGGCGCCGGCUGUGCGGGGCUGCACUUGGGGAAACUUUGGUUACCUUGUUGGCUGCCGGGAGGAGGGCGCGGAACACGCAGCCCGGGCCUGGCGACCUCCGUGCGCCCCGCCUAGUACGCUGAGGCCCUGGGAGCCAGCAUUUCCCGCGCACCCUGUCACUACAGAGACCUGGCAUCCACCGAGGGCCACCGGGGCGCUGGGCACUAUCCAGAGACUCUGUCCCGCCUUCCCGGGCGCGCCUCACGGAGCCCACUCUGCCGCCUCUCGCAAUCUCCGCCCGUUAUCGGCUCCGGCUUUGCGGCGGCGCGGGCUUGGACCCCUCUGGCAUGCUGGUUUCACCUCCUUCUUGGCCUUGCAGUGCGGGCACCUCGAGCUUGCUCCCUCCGCGGUCUCAGGAAAAACUGAGGAAACGAGCUGGGUUCCGGAGCCAGGGGAAACAGUGAAGACGCUGCCAGAAUCUCAACAGCCUGGAAACCCCAUCACCUUGGUUCCCUGGGUCUUGGAGUAGGAACUGACAGCUGGCUGACAGAAAACUCACCCAGGGAGAGGAGACAUCAGUGAAGUAUGAAAUUUUGAAUAAUGUUUUCAGCUGUAUUCUCCACCCCGCAGUACUAGAGCCUCCUGCCGCUGUCUCUUUCGAGGAUUCCUUAGUGUGCACAGGCUUCAUUCUCAGCUCUGCCGCCGAUGACGCUGAAGCACAGCCUUUUCAGGUUGGCUGAGUCACUUACCACUGGCCCAUCUGCUCUCUGGCUUCCAAAACGUCGCUGUCAUCUUCUCUCCUUUUCCUGCUUACCUUUGUAUUGAUUCCGACUUUUGAAGAUGGAUGAAGGUAUAGAAAUAUCCAGUGAUGGAAAAUCCCUGAUCAAAGCAGUCCAUCAGAGCCGGCUUCGUCUAACAAGACUCUUGCUGGAAGGCGGUGCCUACAUCAAUGAGAGCAAUGACCGUGGGGAAACGCCUCUAAUGAUUGCUUGUAAGACCAAACAUGUUGAUCACCAGAGUGUCAGUAAAGCCAAAAUGGUUAAAUACCUGUUAGAAAAUAAUGCUGACCCCAACAUACAGGACAAAUCUGGGAAAACCGCUUUGAUGCAUGCUUGCUUAGAAAAAGCUGGUCCUGAAGUUGUUUCUUUGCUGCUCAAGAGUGGGGCUGAUCUCAGUCUGCAAGACCAUUCUAGUUAUUCAGCCCUGGUAUAUGCUAUAAAUUCAGAAGAUAGAGAGACCCUGAAAGUUCUGCUUAGUGCUUGUAAAGCAAAAGGGAAAGAAGUCAUUAUCAUAACGACAGCAAAAUCGCCCUCUGGCAGGCACACUACCAAACAGUACUUAAAUAUGCCUCCUGUGGAUAUGGAUGGGUGUCAUCCCCCAGCCACCUGUGCCACUCCUUCAGAAAUAGACUUAAAAACAGCCUCAUCGCCACCUUCCCAUUCUUCUGAAACCGAAAUGACACUUUUUGGCUUUAAAGAUCUGGAGGCCCCAGGAAGCAGUGAUGAUACAAGGGACCCAGACUCCCCUGUGAGGAAGCCUGGUAUGGCCCCUAAUGGGCCCAAGCUACCUCAGGCUUCACACUGGAUCAAGAGUCCCCCCUUAUUAAUGCACCAGAAUAGAGUGGCCUCCUUACAAGAGGAGCUCCAGGAUAUUACUCCAGAGGAAGAAUUAUCCUACAAAACCAAUGGGCUGGCACUUUCCAAGCGAUUCAUCACUAGGCACCAAAGUAUUGAUGUCAAAGACACGGCACAUUUGCUAAGAGCCUUUGAUCAGGCCAGCUCAAGAAAGAUGUCAUAUGAUGAAAUAAAUUAUCAAUCAUUUUUUUCAGAAGGAAAUCAGCAAUGCAUUGAAAUCCCUGUUGACCAAGACUCAGACUCUAACCAGACAAUCUUUGCUUCCACCUUAAGAAAUAUAGUUCAAAAAAGAAACUCGGGAGCAAAUCACUAUAGCUCUGAUUCCCAGCUCUCAGCUGGUCUGACCCCUACCACUUUAGAAGAUGGCAAAGCACUUAUAGGAAAGAAAAAGAUACUUUCGCCAUCUCCUUCCUUGUUGUCAGGGUCCAAAGAAUUGUUGGAGAAUAUCCCCCCAGGUCCCCUAAGCAGGAGAAAUCAUGCACUUUUAGAAAGGCGUGGUUCAGGAGCUUUCUCUUUAGAUCACAACAUUACACAAACCAGACCAGGAUUUCUGCCACCUUUAAAUGUGAAUCCUCAUCCUCCUAUCUCAGAUAUCAAUGUCAACAAGAUUUCCAACCUUCUUUCUUGUGGUCAGAAAGUGCUUAUGCCAACAGUUCCUAUGUACCCCAAAGAAUUCAGAAGUAAAAAGAUGUUGUUAAGGAGACAGUCAUUGCAAACUGAGCAAAUUAAGCAAUUAGUUAAUUUUUAAGAGAUGGCUAGACACAUUUUUGUUCAGAUGUCUCUAUCAGAAAAAUAUGGAACUAGAGAAGAAAAUUCAAAAUGGUAAUCCUUUCAAAUCUUAUAAUUGGCGAGCCCAUAAUAGUUAAAGAGUAUUAAAAUAUACUCUGUAUCACACUACUAGGCACUAUGAAUAUACAGGUAAUAUAUAGUUUUUGCUAAGGAAAUUCUCUCAAAAAUAAAGCUAUUUUUCUCAAAACCUUCAAUAGUAACAACCUUCAUGUGGUCCACGUUUUUAAUUUAAACAAAAACAGGCAAAGAAGGUUAUGUAUGUUGUAGGUAACUUAUAAACUUGAGAUUUGCCAAACAUUUUAUUAGGAAACACUGCAUUCAAAUCAAUAAUUUGUCAAAACAUUUAAGUCAAUAAAUAAGAUUGUGAUUUUCCAUGAUGCCAACCACAUUCAAGAAAACAUUAAUAGCUAUAAAGUUUUAUGUGAUCAAUAAGCCUAAGCUAACUUUGGAAAAAUGUUGACCACGGGUAGGUGACAAUCUACUUAAAAAUUUAAAAGAUCAACUGUUACAGUAGAUCAGGCAGCUAAUAUUCAUGUUGUCAGCCUAAUCAGUGUCAAAAAUGGCAGAUCAGAGUUUUAUGAGCUAGUAAUAAUCUAUGCCAAGUGUUUGUGUAGUGUUUUUGGCUUUGCUUUGUUUUUUAAUAUCAUCUUGUGGAAUUCUUCAUAUCUUUUAAUUCCUGUUAUUGUUUUUUUGGACAUAGGUUCCCAGUAACAACACAGUAUGAAAGUUAGAAAGCAUUUCUCAUAUCAAACGAUUCUUAUCUUUCUAAUGACAACCAAAAAAAAAAAAAGUUUGGGAUUUAUCACAAAUCAAAAAUAAAUGCUUGCUUUCUGUAAAAAAAAAACUGAUUGUUAGAUUGUCUUAGUUUAUCUAAUAUCAAGAAAGCCAAGAGAAAUUUAUUUACAAAAUGUACUAAAUAUUCAGUCAACAUUAAAAAUAUAUUUUUAUUUCUUUUAUGUAAUUAUUAAACAUUUAUAUAAUUAGAAUAAUAAGAAUAAUUUCCUUAGUGUGAUAUUUUAGUCAUCUAGUAUUUAGGACAUGUGAAUAACUUCUAAUAAAAUACAUGAAUACUAUGCUGCUACCACAAAAUAUUAUAAAAUGGCUUUAUUAUCUAUAAUGAUCUCAAAAUAUGGUGUUUACACAGAGUCCUCAUUUCAACUUAGCAGUGUUACAACAAAAAAAUAAAUCAAACUAUACAAAACUAUACAAACU